AUGUCAGGCGGCGGCUUCGAGUCAACGCCGACGGUGUUCGGCGGCAAGCUGUGGUGCGCGCGGACUACGUCCGAAGGCCGCUGCCUGGUGCGCUGCUUCAGAGCCAACGGCCGACAGGGUGAUGCUUACGAAGCGGUGCUAGCCGGCGAAAAUCACGUAGUGGCAGCAGCGCCUGGAACCGGCCGCAACAGGCGCGAUUGCGAACUCGCGCGCGUGUCUUGCUGGUCCAGCGGGCUCGAGACGCUCGUGCUGCGUGCCGGGCACUCGGUGCACGUUUGGGACGGAGAGCGCGGCGCGUUCCAACGCGCAGCCGGAGACGUGACGGCCGACGCCUCGCAAUGUGCCGUGCUCGACGGCCCCACGUUGGUUCAGCUGUCGCCUGGCCGCCUGCGGCUGGAGCCGCUACUUCAAAGUGCCAGACAAUGGUCCCGUUGCGAUCACCUUGGACGAACAAGAACCAUUCCAGGGCAUUCUUUCUGGUACCAACUGCCAGGUGGCCAUCUCCGGAGAUUCCUCCGAGCUGUCUUGGAUUCUUCUCUGCGUCCUCGCACUAAAGAAGGCGCAUACUUCAUUGCAACUUCCGAAAAUCGAACAGCCCGACUUCCAGCGAGUCUGUUCCUGGGCUCCUUGUAUGAAAGCUCCAGUCUGACGGCUUGCCUAGUCACCCUUGCUUGGUCACAUGGGGAAGCACCGGUCACUCCCUGGGAUCGGCUGAAGACGGUGUUUCGCGACAAUGUGACUGCAGCGUGUACCGCAUCCGGCUCAUUGCUGAUAAUUGAAUCCGGUUGCCCUCGGUAUCGCUGCAAGCUGCCUUCUUCAAGCGUCAAGAGGCUGCAAGGAAGCUUCUUUUGCGGUGGCCUGGACUACCUGCUCCUCUGGUUCGACUCUGGUGGUGGUGCGGUGAUUGCUCAGGACACGAGAGGAAGGUUCCAGUUGGGUGACAGCAUCGAACCAGGCCCCGAGAUCUGCUGCGGGGACUUGUUGGGCUUAGGCAGUGAGCAGGUGGUAGCCUGGGAGCCGGGGAAUAGCCACAUCCGCUGCCUUCAGCCAAGCCGCUUCGCAGUGCAACAUGAAGACGACGAGGAAGUGGCAGCAGCCGGUAACCAGGCCUCGCAGGUCUUGGUCGAUCUGCUGCAGCACUACUCUGGCGCCAGUCAAGCAGCGCUCGAGAAGCUAAGAAGAGCACGGGAACAGGCGGAGGCACUGCUGCACGAGAACACUCAGCCGUCAUCGGCCACCAACGGUGAUCCUGUCAGAGACUCAAGGCUAGUCCCCGUGCUUCCGAUGGAGCAGCACCCAUUGGAGCAAGCGGAGCAAGUAGCACAAGUGCCGGGCAGAUCCAAGCUUCUCGACUCCUGGGCCCAUGUCUGGGGCCGUCGGCUGCUCCUGGGAUUCCGUUUUAGCCGGCCACCUGGCACGGAGCACCAUCCACCUGUCGUGCUCGUAGUGAGUCCCGGGCUCACGUUUGGCAUCAAGACAUCGCUCGAGGGGGACUCCUUAGUGGUCGGUGCCAGCUGCAGCCUUCCCGGCGCCACCGCUGGCCCCAUUACAGUGUGCGUCCUUGGAGGUUCCACUCUGCAGCACCAGUGCGUCAUCGAUGUGCACUGGCUGCCCUGGUCUAAGCAGGGACGAGUGCCCCCGCGACUCGCCCUGUGGUCGCUCACUGCGGCGCAGCCGAGUCGCCAUUACUCUGCUUCGACAUCGGUGACCUGGAGGCUGUCUUCCCUGGACGCCCUGACGCGGCUGCACAACACGCUGUACGUCUGCUGCGAUGGCGCCUCGCCCCUUUUUCAGGCCAACGUGGAACUGCUACCUGAGGGAGGGCUCUGCCUCCGUGCACAGGAUGAGGAACAGCUCUCGUUGUUCGAGCAGUGGUUGUGGCAGCAGUUGCCGGGUGCCAAGGAAGGCAUGACGCGAGUGUGCUCGUCGGCUGUGCAAACGCGGCUUGCCACUCUUCUUCGUUCCGAGGUGCAGGGAGUGCGAGCACUGCUGCAUGAGCCGUACAUGGAGGCCCGUCGUUCGCUGCAAAGCACCGAGUGGCAAACAGACUUCCUGGCACAGCUUGUCACAGACGUGACGUGACACCUCCCGCUUCACACUCGUGGAACCGAGCUUCGGAACAUUCAACCCGUUGUGCAAACAUCCUCUGAAUGCAAGAGUAAUCAGCUGUGCAAGUCAUUCACAAUUGAGGAUCAAGCGUAAACUGUACUCACGACAGUGCACUUCAAGUGCCCUCUGUGCUUCCGCAUUCAAAAACAUUGUUCCUUGUACUCACUGAUAAUAACUUCACCUCUUCCAAGGCAUGAACUGAACAAGUGAACAUGAUUGGCCAAUGGAUCUACACAGAGCGUGCCGGAGUUGUACGUCUGCCUUUGUGACAAAAUGCCUUUAUUACAAAGUGCUCGAAUGUCUUGCAAUGCUUAGUUAUGAAGGACAUGCAGCAUAGGACUGGUGCUACUAGCGAGACUUAAGCAACUCUUGCUAAUGCAUUUGACUGCAUUUCUCAUUGCAGAAAGCGUUAGGCAAUUACCAUUUGCAGUUCCCAUAACUAAGUCCCUCGAGCAAUACCCCAAGCGGGGCAUUUACUACACUAGGCAGUCAUAAAUUGUUGUGCAUCUAAAUUAAUGUACCGACCAGCUUUUCUGUAAUAUCCCGAAGAGGGUCUUAUUACUACAUUAGGCAGUUACCAACAGUAGUGCUCUUAAAUUUUAAUUAAUGUGCCAACCGUUGCUUAUGUAACCCCAGUCAGGGUUUUAUUACUACACAAGGCAGUUACAUUGCAGCAAUUCUAAAUUAACAUACUGACCGCUACUUACCUACUACUUCAAGCAGUUUCGGGGUUUCUACAUUUGGCUUUCACCAACUGUAGUGCCUUUAAUUUAAUAUACUGAUUGCCACUUAAGUAACCCUAACAUGUUCUCUAUUUCUACAUUAGGCAGUUACAUUUUAGUAAUUUGAAAUUAACAUGCCGACUGCCUUUCACGUUAUACCCCAAGCUUUUUCUGUGUUUCUCCAUUUGGCUGUUAACAACCGUAGUGCUUCUAAGUUAACAUACUGGCCGCCCCUUACGUAAUACCCCGAAAUGGUUCUGUAUUGCUGCAUCAGGCAUUUACAUUGUACUCAUUCUAAAUUAACAUGCUAACUGCCCCUUAACCCAAAAGGGCUUUCUAUUACAACAUUAGGCAUUUACAUUGUAGUCAUUAUCAGUUAACAUGCUGAGUGCCCCAUGUGUAAUACCCCAGAUAGGGUGUUUAAUGUAACAUAAUGAAGCCUGCUUGUCCAACUGUGCUACCCCUAUUUCUUAUUUGCAGCAUGUCAUUCAGAAUUAAGGCGCUGAAUACAGUAUAAGCCGAAACUGAGUUUUGUGCUUAUGCACAUUUAGAAUAAUGCAAGAGGCAAUAGUGCUGCUGCAGUGAACUAGAUAAAUGGCAGUACAGAUAUCAUCAGUGCGCUUCUCAGCGUGGAAGACAAAGCUUCAAGCAUUACUCCAAACACUGUUGACGAGCUUCUCCGACAAGGGAGGUUAGAAGAGGCCGAAGAGUCCCUAGCCAGUUUGGAAGCUCCCCGUGCUAGCCACUCAUCAGAGGCAUGACCUGUGACCAAUAUAUUACGUAACAGGCUACGUAGCUAGAAAGCGCAUUCUGAAACAUUACUGUCACAAAUGUCAACACGUCCUCCUUGUCAGGCAAGCCAAAGCGCAUCUGCUGCUUUCGCACUACACUGAACAGAGUGACUGGGGCGGACUUUUGUACCGCUUACAAAAUUUGUACGCAUUCACGGAAGCUCUUGGGAAUAUAUCUACUGAACACUUCAGCACCUUGGAGCUACACACGAACGGCAUCUGUGUUAUUGUGGCUCUUGUGAAAAGCAAUUUCCUCUGCUUCAAUGGUGUUGGAUGCAACUCUUUCAAGGAAGAUGUACCGUAUGCAUGAAAAUUGUUCUUUUCCGCUGUCCUCAAGUGUCUGCACUUCUUGAUCAAAGGAAUUAACAAUGCAGGAAGCACAAGGCGGCGGAGAGCAAAACAUAAUGAGCUCCGCCGAACGACCUAGAGGCCUUUGCACAUAGUUCUUGAAGAGUGCCUUUGUGUUGAAUAAAAUAUUUAAUGCAUUA